AUGUCCACAACUCCAACUCUCCGCAUUCCCAAGCAAAGCCAUUCCGAUCACACGAAGUUAAAGGAAGCAGUCCGUCGCCGCCCAAAUACCGCGUGCAGGCUAAACUCGGCCGAAUUUUCGAAUGGCUGGACUUUGAUUAUUGAGACACGUCAACCGCAAAGUUUCCUCAAGGAGGUCAAAGGCGCUGAGAGGUGUCGGUACAUCACUUUUACUUGCACUUGCUCCACGGAAACUCCACAGAGGCUGUGGAUUAUCAUCGGAUGGGCAUCGGAAUUGCAGCGAAACAACUUCCAAAGAGCAGACACAAUUGCCAGCAACGAAAAUAAAUUUCUCUACCAAGAAAGCGAUGAAAUCCACACUAUUUAUCGAGCCGACUGUUGCAUUGGAAAAAGGAUCAUAGUCCCAUGGGAUCCCUACUCUGAAAGAAUACACGAAAUCUGGAUAGUUUAUUUUCCUAUCCAAUCUCUGGGGGCUGAAAAAAAGAGGGAGUGUCAAUUGCCAAUUUUGAAGAAUUUUUUUGACAGAAAUGAAGAGACUUCCAACCCUACAUCCGGAAUUCUCAGUCAACAUAUAGCAUGGCUACCUGAAGAGGUUAUCUACCAGGGAGUAAAAUGUCAACGCCUCACGUGGUUUGUGGAGUGGAAAUCGAAGAAGACCGAAGAGUUCUAA